AUGCAUAUCCGUCAAUGGACAGCCAUCGUCAGCCUCCCGAUAUGGCUGCCAAUAUCUUGUGUCAAUGCGUUUUUCGGCGGUGACGGUGAUCUCCCAUACGACAGCGACGUCCUGAAGCAGCAGGAGUCCCUCUUUGGGCUUUGUCCAGACUACGCGAACUAUGCUCGUCAUAUACACAAACCUCUCAGCGAUGGACCUCUACAACUCCCGUUCCAAAGACCACACCCGAGCUGCCGCAAGUUCUCCUCGCCCGCGGUCGAGCAAGUCAUAAUGGACCUCUACCCGCGAUUCAAAGAUGCCGAUCUCGCGCAGAUCUUUCAGAACGCGUUUCCAAACACCCUCGACACGACGGUGCUGUGGCACGUGGAUGGAGAAAAGAGACACGCUCCCCCGCCACGGUUACUGCGGGACAGGGACAGAUGGCAAGGCGCACACUCGUUCAUCGUGACGGGGGACAUCAACGCGGAAUGGCUGAGAGACUCGACGAACCAACUGGCUCAAUAUCAACUCCUCGCCAAAUCCGCCCCGGACAUAUCGAACCUCAUCCUCGGAGCGAUCAACACCCAGGCCGAAUUUGUGAUAUCUUCACCUUACUGCAACGCAUUCCAGCCCCCGGACCCGUCGCGUCUGGCUCCCGUUCAUUCAGGCCAAGACGAUAUUGUCCACCCGGCCUACGAACCCACGGUUGUGUUUGAAUGCAAAUACGAGCUCGACAGCCUGGCGGCGUUUCUGAAGUUGACAAACGAAUACCACGCAUCCACGGGCUCCACGGCGUUUUUGACGACUCGGUGGUUCAAAGCGCUCGACGCCCUUUUGCGGGUCCUGGACGCGCAGGCUCAACCGACCUUCAACCCCCAAACAGGAUGGUACGAACGAAAUGAAUACACAUUCAACCGCGUCACGCGCAUCGGGACCGAGACACUCAACCUGGAAGGAACAGGAAACCCGUUGGCCGAUGGGACGGGCUUGAUUCGUUCCGCGUUUCGGCCCUCGGACGACGCUACGAUCUUUGGGUUCCUCAUCCCCGCCAACGCAAUGAUGUCGGUCGAACUGUCUCGCGCGGCGAAGAUGCUCAGAUCCGCGGCCGCGGCGGCCUCUUCUUCACGAGGAGGAGAACCCCAAGCGACGCAAAUGGCCCAAGUCGCAGAGGACCUCGCCGCGCGCGCAGAGACCAUCAAGGAUGGAAUCUACAAGCACGCCGUGGUCACGCACCCGGAAUUCGGCCAAGUCUUCGCCUACGAGGUCGACGGCUACGGCUCGCAUCUGCUCAUGGACGACGCCAACAUCCCGUCCCUUUUAGCUCUUCCUCUUCUGGGCUUCGUCCACGCCGACGACGAAAUCUACCAAAACACCCGCCGCAUGAUCCUCACCCAGCGCGGGAACCCGUACUAUCUCUCCGGUGGGAAAUUCCAGGGCAUAGGCGGCCCGCACAUCGGCCUGCGCAACGCCUGGCCCAUGUCCGUCAUCGUGCAGGCCAUGACCUCGACCUCCGACGCCGAGAUCCUCGAGUGUCUGGACAAAGUCAAGAACGUCAGCGUUCUUGGCCUGAUCAACGAGUCCGUCGACGUCAAUCGCGGUGUCAAGCGUGGAGGCGGCGGCGAGGGUAUGACGCGCAGCUGGUUCGCCUGGGCGAACAGCGUCUUUGCCCAGGCUGUGCUGUGGCUCGCCGAGCACAAGCCCGCGCUUGUCCUCAAGGAGGACGACGAUGGGAGCCCUCCCAAGGGGUAUCGUGUCGGCGUUGGGUGGGUGGAAUAUUCUGUGUGA